AUGGCUGACGACGACGUGCUCUUUGAAGAUGUGUACGAGCUGUGCGAGGUGAUUGGAAAGGGGCCGUUUAGUGUGGUGCGCAGAUGCAUCAACAGGGACACGGGGCAGCAGUUUGCUGUGAAGAUUGUGGAUGUGGCCAGCUUUACCUCCAGUCCUGGACUCAGCACAGAAGAUCUAAAGCGAGAGGCUAGUAUCUGUCACAUGCUGAAGCACCCUCACAUUGUAGAGCUACUGGAAACCUACAGUUCAGAUGGAAUGCUCUACAUGGUUUUUGAGUUUAUGGAUGGAGCAGAUCUUUGUUUUGAGAUUGUGAAGAGGGCAGAUGCAGGCUUUGUGUACAGUGAGGCUGUGGCCAGCCACUACAUGCGUCAAAUAUUGGAAGCACUGCGUUAUUGUCAUGACAACAAUGUCAUUCACCGAGAUGUGAAGCCUCACUGUGUGCUCCUGGCAUCAAAAGAAAACUCCGCUCCUGUCAAACUGGGUGGCUUUGGGGUAGCCAUUCAACUGGGCGAGUCUGGCCUGGUGGCUGGAGGUCGGGUGGGGACUCCUCACUUCAUGGCUCCUGAGGUGGUGAAGAGGGAGCCGUAUGGUAAACCUGUGGAUGUGUGGGGAUGUGGAGUUAUUCUCUUCAUCCUGCUCAGUGGCUGCUUACCCUUCUACGGUACCAAGGAGCGCCUGUUCGAGGGCAUCAUUAAAGGGAAAUACAAGGUAAUGAACCCUCGACAGUGGAGCCACAUCUCUGAGAGUGCUAAAGACUUGGUGCGCCGCAUGCUGAUGUUGGACCCUGCUGAAAGGAUCACUGUCUACGAGGCCCUCAAUCACCCCUGGCUUAAGGAGAGGGACCGCUAUGCCUACAAGAUCCACCUACCUGAGACAGUGGAACAGCUGAGGAAGUUCAACGCCAGGAGGAAGCUAAAGGGGGCAGUGCUGGCUGCUGUCUCCAGCCACAAAUUCAACUCUUUCUAUGGUGACCCCCCAGAGGAGCUGCACGAUUUCACAGAGGACCCCACAUCCUCAGGAUUGCUUGCUGCAGAAAGAGCCGUGUCUCAGGUGCUGGAUAGUCUAGAGGAGAUUCAUGCGCUGACUGACUGCAGUGAGAAAGAUUUGGACUUCCUACACAGCGUCUUCCAGGACCAACAUCUACACACGCUGCUCGAUCUUUAUGAUAAGAUCAACACGAGGUCUUCACCGCAGAUCAGGAAUCCUCCCAGUGAUGCUGUUCAGAGAGCCAAAGAGGUGCUGGAGACCAUCUCCUGUUACCCAGAGAACAUGGAGGCUAAAGAGCUAAGGAGGAUCCUCACACAGCCACACUUUAUGGCAUUGCUGCAGACACAUGAUGUGGUGGCUCACGAGGUGUACAGUGAUGAAGCCCUGAGGGUCACGCCCCCACCCACCUCCCCUUACCUCAACGGAGACUCGCCCGAGAGUGUUAACGGCGAAAUGGACCUGGAGAAUGUCACCCGCGUUCGUCUCGUGCAGUUCCAGAAGAACACAGAUGAACCUAUGGGGAUCACUCUAAAAAUGAAUGACCUGAACCACUGCAUUGUAGCCCGGAUUAUGCACGGAGGGAUGAUUCACAGGCAAGGAACACUGCACGUAGGUGACGAAAUUCGAGAGAUUAAUGGCAUCAGUGUAGCCAAUCAGACGGUGGAGCAACUUCAGAAGAUGCUGAGAGAGAUGCGUGGGAGUAUCACCUUUAAGAUUGUUCCGAGUUACCGCAGCCAGUCCCUGUCCUGUGAUAAAGAAUCACCUGACCUUUCCAGACAGUCCCCUGCCAACGGUCAUGCCAGUGUCACCAGCUCCAUUCUGGAUCUACCAUCCACCAUCCAACCCAAAGGACGUCAGAUCUCCAGACCUGCAAUCAAGGAUAAAAUGUCCAUGAAGAUAUUUGUGCGAGCACAGUUUGAGUAUGACCCAGCCAAGGAUGACCUCAUCCCCUGCAAAGAAGCGGGCAUUCGCUUUCGGGUGGGAGACAUCAUCCAGAUCAUCAGCAAGGACGACCACAACUGGUGGCAGGGCAAGCUGGAGAACACAAAGAAUGGCACAGCUGGCCUCAUUCCCUCUCCUGAGCUGCAAGAGUGGCGUGUGGCCUGCAUAGCAAUGGAGAAAACCAAGCAGGAGCAGCAGGCCAGUUGCACCUGGUUUGGCAAAAAGAAGAAACAGUACAAAGACAAAUACCUAGCUAAGCACAAUGCAGUGUUUGACCAACUAGAUCUUGUCACAUAUGAAGAAGUUGUGAAGUUGCCUGCGUUCAAGAGAAAAACGCUGGUCUUAUUAGGUGCUCAUGGAGUCGGCAGGCGACAUAUCAAGAAUACACUCAUCGCAAAGCACCCAGACAGAUUUGCCUACCCCAUUCCACACACGACCAGACCCCCUAAGAAGGAUGAGGAAAAUGGCAAGAACUACUACUUUGUGUCUCAUGACCAAAUGAUGCAGGACAUCUCAAACAAUGAGUACCUGGAGUAUGGCAGCCACGAGGACGCUAUGUACGGCACACGGUUGGAGACUAUCCGCAAGAUCAAUGAGCAGGGCAUGGUCUCUAUCCUGGAUGUAGAACCACAGGCACUGAAAGUUUUGCGGACAGCCGAAUUUGCUCCCUAUGUUGUUUUCAUCGCUGCACCUACUAUUACCCCUGGUAUGAAUGAGGAUGAGUCUCUUCAGAGGUUGCAGAAGGAAUCGGAGGCACUGCAGAAGUCUUAUGCUCACUACUUCGACAUGACCAUUAUCAACAACGAGAUCGAUGACACCAUCCGAUUGCUAGAGGAAGCCAUCGAUCUGGUGUCCACCACUGCUCAGUGGGUGCCUGUGUCCUGGGUCUACUAGCACCCCCUGCAGGCCACUGCCAUUACCCAUACAUUGACGUGGCCCAGUCCCAUCCCUCCUCCAAAAAAAAGAAAAAGAAAAAACAAAACAAAACAAGAAGAACCACAUGCACGUCUCUAACAGACUCUCAACACCUCUGGUCCAUGUGGUGACAUCAUCAAGACCCUCCUGUGGGACUGCAAAGGCGUAGUAUUGUAUAUAUCGAAGCAUAUAAAUAUAUAAAUAUGAAUAUAAAAGAAUUAAUAUGGUCCUGUACGUAUAGCUAGAGGAUUGAUAUUUUAUACUUUCUUUUUGAAUGAAAGAGACGGCGUCUCAGAGCAAUGAUGAGCACAGUAAAAUGUUGAGGGGGUUGGUGGGGUGGCAUCAGGGGCUCCUCCCUGGGUGACUGAGUAGGUGCCUCUACUCACCCUCUGGCCCCUGGUGCUUCAGAUUGGGUAAGGAAAUAACCCUCGUCACCCCACUCUCCAUCACCCCAUCCAGUCCAACUCAGUACAACCCACAUUCCUUGGGCAUGGUCACAGUGGCAUGCCCCUGGACAGAUAAGCACAGUUGACUCGGCUGCGCCACAGUCCUCCCAGCCCUUUCCUUAUUUAUUUUAGAGUAACAUCUGCACGGACUGAACAGAUAACGUGUUGGAAGCUCAUUGACUUUAGACAGUACUGUGGGUCCCCUCACACUCAGCGCCCUCUCUCAUUCAUUCCUGUUUGUUUACAACUCUCAGUUUGCACAAUGGACAAUAGAGAAGAUGGGUGCUCUCUUUUCUCUCUCUCUCUCUCUCGCUUGCUCUCUCUCUGUUCUUCCUUCUGUCUCUCAGUUCCUGCCUAUUUCUCUCCAAGUGAAUUCUUCAAAAAUGGUUUGAGAGUGCAGUGUGUUUGGUGUUACCCGUGUCAAACUUCUCUCAUCUUCUGAAGAGAACAUCUAGGUCACUUGGAAGACCAGUAACGAUGACAAAAAUAAAGAAAAAAUCUUGUCUGAGGGAGGCAGGGCAAACAGACUGACACCUAUGCACAUCCCCGCAACUCUGGGUGACCCUCUGAAUGGACAGCUUUUCUCAUGCCCUGUGAAGUGACGUGUUUGUAAAUUGUCUUUGAAUUUGAUUUGUCGUGUGGGUGGGGGGAAGAGAAUACUCAUUAACUGGAUCCACCAUUUCAGAAAUGUGUUGUCUUAAGAGUAUUAUUGUUUUAUGUUUAUCCCAAGAAGAUGGAAACUGAGGGUAUUUUAUUGUGUGUAAAUGUUUCAAUGGUGCGUACAUUAUGCGAGUGAAAUGAAGAAUUGGUGUGUGCAUAAACAUAAAUGAACUCA